CAACUACUUAACUAGUCAAUGAGAUUUGGGAGAAUGUGAGACUGAUGAAAAUGUGGUGCUUGUUGGCAUGUGUAGUUGGAAUUGUAGCACGUGUUGCCUAAAAUUCUCAGUGUGUUGGAAAUCGUGUACAGUUAAGAUGAAUGGGAAGGGUUUGAUGAUUGGGUGGAAGGGACACAUAUUAAUAAUGUUACUGCCUGGAGUUUCAUGUGAUUCUGAGAUGUAUACAAGCCUGAUUCUUGUCGUUGGAAUUUUGUUCAUGGCCUCAUUGAUCAUACGAAGGAGUUCCAUAGCUUUAAAUGUUUCCCCCCUGUUUUAAUCUACUCGCAUACGUGGUUAGUGUAUAAUACAUCUAUACCAAUAAUUCAAUAUUCGACUCAACUGGUCGGGUUAUAAGCUAGUAUAUAAGUAAGGGACGUUAUUUAUAUGCAAGCCAAAUUACAACCCGACCCGUUGACCCGACACGAAACCGCCCAAAAAGUAGAAAUUUUUGUAACCUGAAAUUUGAAUGACGCAAAUCCGAUAACCCGUGAUUUUUUGGGUCGUGUUGGGUGGGUUAGCGGGUCAACCUGUUAGACUCGUUCCAUUUUUUUAUAUCACCCUCAAAAUGAUAAAAUCACUCAUAAAUUGGUGAGAUGUUUAAAAAAAAUCAUGAGGAUUUGAAUGACAUGUUUGGAGGUUAAGGAUAAUCAAAUAUCAUGUGUUUCUUGUAGUACUAUUACUCUUGUGAUUGUUUUUUGACGAUUUGCGCAAUUUAUAUUUCAUUAGCAUGGGAGGAUUUGAGAAUAUAUUAAUUGACAUGUGUUAGGUAAAUUAUUGCCAUUCAUGUAUGAAAAUUGUGGAGCGCUUGUUUCUAUGCACAAAGAAUUCAGUAGUUAUCUCUAGCUAGACUCUCCCACCAAACUACCGUGUCAUUUAGAUACAAACGAAUGCAUCCAAAACCACUAAUGAUUUCUUCGCACAACAGUAUUUCAUUGUCUCAGCCUCUGUCUCUCUACUCAUGAUUCCUUAGGCCGGCUUGCGCACAGGUUCAUAUCUGCCUAGUGGAUUCUCCACAUCCUUUAGAGUUUCUUAUAGUAAAUAGUACACAGAGCAAAGGGAAUCCCAUCUGGUAGCCAUCUCUUGCCGAUCCUACAGUAAAGGCCAAACAGAAAAACGUUCCAUCAUCAACGACAAAAUUCCCACACUAUACAUUAACGAGGGAGUAAAAUUGCAGUUAUCCAUUGUUAUCAUAAACAAAAAAAAAACAAAAAAAAAAACCUUAUUUUCGUCCUGAGAUGGAAAAUCCUGACUUUGAAGUAUCCGAUUCCGGCAUCUGCGGUGGAGCUCCGAUCACACAUGAUGAAUUCAUCCCUUUCCCGCCGCCUCACACCUUUCAUCAUGUGGAUGCCUCCCACCUGCCGCUAGCUGCUGGCUCAUUUCCUUCAGGAGGAGGGGACGCUGACCAGGUGGAAGGUCUGUGCAUCCUGGAGUCCGACCCUCUAGCCCACCUGAGCUAUCAGCAGAAUGACAUCAUCCUGUAUCAACGUGUAGCACAAAUCGCGUCAUCGUUUCAGUCGGGAGCAAUUGAAGAUCCUCCGCAAUCGAUGUUGCCAGUUGUUGCUGCAUUGUCCGUCGAAGAUCUGGUCCGGAUCGCAGCAUCAGAGUUCGUGGGAUCCCACUCGAACCACGACGUGAUGUCGUCUGGUGCAUUCCACGACGUCACGCUCUCAGAAGAGGAGUCGGAGAGCGUCGAGCUUACGCAAAUCCUCCUCGAAGCCGCCGAGAACGUGGCCGACCGUAAGUUCGACACCGCCGGAGCACUGCUCCAGCGAUGCCACGGGCGGUCCUCCCCUGCGGGGAACCCGAUCCAGAGACUGGUCUUCUACUACUCCCGUGCCUUGACGGUACGGAUCGACCGAGAAACCGGGCGGAUCGCCUCGUCACGAGACGUGGUCAGAGAGCAGUCAUCCGAUCUGUACAAAGCGGUGAUGACUCCGAGCAUCCAGCUGGCAGAGUUCCAUAGGAGGAUUCCCUUCUCCCAGGUCGCGCAGUUCGCGGGGAUCCAAGCCAUCGUGGAACACCUGGAGGGAUCCAGGUGCAUCCACGUAGUCGAUCUCGCGAUCAAGAAUGGACAACAAUGGACCAUCCUAAUGCAAGCCUUGGCGUCUCGGCCGACGCGGCGGCGCGUCCAGCGCCUCAAAAUAACCGCCGUCUCUACCGUCGGGGAGCAGCGAAUCGAGCAAAUGGGAAACAGGCUAGUGGGCUUCGCGGAAGGCUUGGGCCUGCCGUGCGUCUUCGAAGCAGUGGUGGUCCCCGACCUGGCCCACCUGAGCCGCGCCCAUGUGCGGAUCGAGUCAGGCCAGUCCGUUGCCGUGAUGGCCGAAUACGUGUUCAACACCCUGGCUGAACCGCUUGACCGGCUCGACUCGCUAAUCCGAGCGGUUCGGAGCCUGAAACCUUGCGUGGUGGUGGUCGGGGAAGUAGAAGGGAACAUGAACUCGCCCAUGUUUGUGAACCGGUUCGUGGAGUCACUCUUCUACGCCAGCGCGUUCUUCGACUGCAUGGAGGAUUGUAUGGGGAGGGACGAGCCGACAAGGAAGUACGGGGAGGCGACUUUGUUCGGGGAGUCGAGCAAGAUUGUGUCGGCAAUCGAUGGGCGAGAGAGGAUCGUCAGGAACAUGAAGGUGGACGUUUGGAGGACGUAUUUUCGUCGGAUGGGGAUGGUGGAGGAAGAGAUAAGCCCAUCGUCGUUGUACCAGGCGAAUCUGGUGGCCAGGAAAGUACCAUGUUGGAAGCCAUGUACGGUUAAGAUGAACGGGAAGGGGUUGAUGAUUGGGUGGAAGGGUACAAAGAUUAAUUCUGUUACUGCCUGGAGUUUCACGUGAUUCGAGAUGUAUACAAGCCUAAUUCUUGCCGUUGAUUUUCUGUUCAUCACCUCAUUGGCCAUACGAAAGAAGUUCCGUAGCCUUGAAUAAUUUUUUUCUGGAUGGCUAAAUACCACCCUAGUUUUACUAUUAUCGUCCUAACUUAAAACAUAAAUUUUUUAAAUUAUCCUCUUCAUUAAUCAAACAAAAUUCCACAAACAAACCCUAAAAUCCCUAAUCAUCCUCCAACACCGCCGACCUCCUCUCCAAACACCCCUCAACCGCCAUCCUUCCUGCAAUCCCACCGUUCCUUUUCCUAGUCGUAGCCUGCAUCCUUCUACUUGUCCACCCAACCGCAAUAGGAUUCCAUAAUCCACCAUUUUAGGGAUGGCAAAAAUAUCCGUAACCGUGGAUAUCCGCCCGAACCCGACCUAAUCGGGUAGGGUAAAACCCGAACCCGAAGAACAUUUAGUGGGUACGGGUAAAACCCGAACGCGAAUAUUGCGGGUAAUGGGUGGACAUGGGUUUCUCAGUAUCCAACCCGAACCCGCCCGAUUAUACACAUACAUAUGUAUUUUGUCUAGAAAUAGUCAUUAUUUUUCUCUAACAUAUUUUAUAUUUAGCAUAUAAAUAUAAUAUUUUCAUGAAA